GAGAUCAGAGAGAGAGCUCAGACAGAGAGAGAUCAGAGACAGAGCUCAGAGAGAGAUCAGAGAGAGAUCAGAGAGAGAGAGAGCUCAGAGACAGAAGAGCUCAGAGGCAGAGAUCAGAGAGAGAGCUCAGAGAGAGAGAGCUCACAGAGAGAGAGCUCAGAGAGAGAGAGCUCAGAG